UUGCGACCAUGGUCUUGAUAUCUGCCUCAUGCGGCUCGGCCCCCUAGUUGCGUUUCCUAGAAGAGGUCUAAUAUGUUAAGAUAAAACCUCUUUAUAAUUACAUAAUAUACCUAGCCAGCCAAUUGAAAGGAAAAUGCUCGGGCUGUUGUUGAUUGUUCCUAUUCUGGGAGCAGCGGUGGUCUCCUCUCAAGACUCGCCAUCGUCAUCGGCAUGUGCUAAAGUAUCUCAGUCACUCGCUUCUAACUCUUCAAGUACACCAUCUGUCCCUGGAUCAUUAGCCUACGAUUGCCUUCGCUCAGUACCGAAUCGACCUGGACCGGCUCAGAAGCUUAUCCAAAGCCUUAAGUCCUUUGUACAAUGGCAAACUACUCUGGCGUGGUUGAAGAAUCCCCCGGACUCUUAUACGCUUCCCGCGAUCGAUAUUCAAGCGAGCUUAGACAACAUCUCCUCAACAGCCUCAAUAGGAGGCUUCACGAGUGAGUAUGACUUCCAGCUCGCGAUACUCGAGACAAUAGCUGCGGCGCAUGACGGACACUUUUCGUAUUAUGGGGAUGUCUUCAAAGCGUUCUAUUUCUCGAACGACUUAGCUGCAGAUAUUGUUUCGGUAUCAUCGAAUGGUACUUCCCCUCCAAAAUUAUAUCGAUACUCCGCCCUUAACUCUGGUUCGGAGACUGAACCCGCUGCAAUCACCAAGAUCAAUGGUGAAGAUGCCGCUGCAUUUAUAGAAAAUGUAGGGCUCCGGCUCAGUUAUCCGCAGGAUAUCGAUGCACAGUGGAACUCAUUGCUCGCGGUGUACGCCAACCCGUACCCAGGCAACUAUUGGAUCAGCGGUAGCAUAUUCUCUGGUUUAAAUCUGACACUCACGUAUGAGGAUGGCACGACUGAAUCCCAAGAGACAUACGCUACAUUGAAAAGGGGCGUGGACUUCUCCGAAAUUGCGACGGGAGACGACUUCUACGAAGCAUUCUGUAACCCCAAUACAACUUUCAGCUCAUCUAGUUCGUCGUCUGAUACGCCUUCGCGAACUAAGAAGAGAUUAGCUGCUCGCGCGUCUGGGUUAUCCUAUUACCCGUCCCCUAUAGUCCAAAACGGUAACGACCCUACGGCGAUGGGUUUCUUCCUCAACGAUACUGGUUUUGAAGACGUGGCUGUGUUGGCUCUCACCUCCUUUGAGAGUUCAGACAGCAGCGACUCUCAAUACAUAAACAACUUCCAGGAAAUGGUGGAGACAUUCUUGAACAAGAGUCGAAGUGCUGGAAAGCAACGUCUUGUCAUUGAUCUUACUGAGAAUCUCGGUGGAGAAAUCCUUGCUGGAUUCGAACUUUUCGCACAGCUCUUCCCUGGCGUGGAUCCGGUCAAUGCAAACAAUAUGCGCCUCUCGGAAAGUCUUACAAACAUUUCCCACAUAUUCGCCAAUAUGUCUGAAGAGGAGCAAGAGCAAGCUGUGAAUAGUUCACUAGCCAUAGGCAGUUUAUUGGCCGUAGAUCUAUAUCGACCCCAGGGAAAGAAGUUCGACACAGUCGAUGAGCUCCUCACGCCAGUCACCCUCCAAGGCGAUGAGUUCACCGCAUAUUUCAGACAACCCACACGCCAGACUGGUUUCACUCUAACCGGUACGGGCGACCGAUCGAACCCUCCACCAGCCGUCUUCAAGCCCGAGAAUGUCGUGCUACUUACCGACGGUAACUGUGAAUCGACCUGUACCAUAUUCUCAUACCUCAUGCUCUUCCACGAGAACAUCAAGACCGUAACCGUAGGCGGACGACCCGAAACAGGAAAAAUACAAUCCAUUGGUGGUACCGAGGGAUCGCAAGUAUUGCAAUUCUCAUACAUCACCACAUUAGCUUCCCAAGCCCUCGACCUAGUAACCGACCAAACCCAAUCCGAACAACUCCGAAACAGCGAACUCGGCGUUCUCGCCGAGGGAUACGCCCCAAGCCGAGCUGUCAGCAAGUCUAAUUCCGGCGCCAUCAACUUCAAAAACGCAUUCGCACCCAACGACGCAAAUACACCCUUACAAUUCCUAUACGAACCUGCGAACUGCCAUUUCUUCUAUACAUCUGAUAUGAUAUACGGGCCUGAGCUAGUAUGGCAGUACGCCGUUAACGCUACGUGGACGGACCCCGAUACAUAUUGUGUGAAGGGUAGCAUCACGCCCGUGAACACUUCGCAGACCCUCGACCCGGUGUUUGAUAACCCAAGUAACGGUAGUGAUACCUCAAAUGGGAGCAAGACGAGUCCUAAUACCGACGGGACGAACAAUCAGGCCGAUAAGCCUAGUUCGGCUCCUGGGGUAGGUUUGAAGCAGGGUGCUAUGUGGACGACGUCGCUACUAGCCGCCGUCGCGGCUGUCAUGCUAUAUCUAUAGUAUGCUCUACAGUGCCCAGCGCUAAUCGAGCAAGCUUACGAAGUUCAAUUUUACGAAUCUGAGGAAAAGGGACUAUGUAACAGGAAGAUAUGGGGGGUAUCAUUUAUAUAUUGCCAUAUAUACCACCAUUUAUUAGGUAGAGUCAGUUAUAGAGCCAGGAAACCUUCGAUAUAUGGACAGGGCAUGAGAUAGAAUACAGUAUGAAUAAAGCUUACGCAAAUUGGCUUACUUGAGGACAUACUCGCGGGUU